AAAAAAAAAGGAAUUCGCAGAACAAAAAUUCUCCGUUGGUUCCGAAUUUUCGAUCCAGUCCGCGCGCCGCCGGAUCGGAUGCGGGAAGCGGAGGCCGCCGCCGCCGUCUCCGGUCUUUGAAGUGGACGAGGAGCUGACCCCAUCUCGAGAAAUCCUAGUGUAGGAGUUGGUGCCUAUUUGAGUGUUUUGUCGCCUCCGUGGUUGUAGGCAAAAUGGAUGGGGGAGUUGCUAGCAACGUGGCGCUUGAUUCUGCUCUUUUCCAUGUGAACUUAACCAAAAACAGGUAUGAGGCUAUUGCUUGUAGCGAAGAGAGUGCUGAAUCGGUAGCAUCUGGUCCUUUUGAUCAACUAGUCCUGCACUUGGAAGAUGCCAAAAACUUCCAAUCUCGUUCAUCAAGUGGCUCAUUUAAGCUGUUAUUGGCUGGAGAUGCAAGACGCUCUACCUGGUUCACAAAAUCCACCUUAGAGAGAUUCCUUCAUAUCAUAAAUUCGCCCGAUGCACCAAAAACAGCGAAUGGAAUUUUACAGGAGAUGUCUCAGCUGGAGGAAACUAGAAAAUUUCAUGAUUCUCUUUACUCCAAGGAGCAACAAAGUCUUAUGGGUGGUGCUCUUACAGGAGGUCUCUUCAGUACCAUUGGCAUACCACAACAGGGAAAUGUUGGCCCAAACUCCUCCGUGGCUACAAAGAAUGAAUUACUUCGAGCACUGGAUUUGAGGCUGUCAGCAUUGAAAGAAGAGAUCCUGGUCUUAUUGAGUCGAGCAGUUGGCUCUAAUUUGUCAAAUAAAGAAAUAUCAAAUUUGUCUACUUUUGUUCAGCAUUUCGGGACAUCAGAGUUUAGUUGGUUGAUGCGUUGCCUACUGUUGAUCCGGGAUUGCCAGCCCUCUGUGCUCGCUCAACAGAAAGAUUCCACUACUGAGCGACAUGAUGAUGCACUUGAGAUUCGCGAUAUCAGCUCCCAGACCAAUAUCCAGAGACCUAUUACCAAUAAUGUCUCUCCAGCAAAGCUUGCACAAGUUGAACGUAAAAUGUCAAUGGAAAGCGAUGAUUCCUCCGAGUCCAGUGAUGAAGAGGAGCCUGUUGUUGAAAGAAGCCGGCCUCUUAUGAGAUCUGCCUCCCCUAGGCGGUCUGCUUCUCCAAUGAGAAGGGUUCAAAUUGGGAGAUCAGGAUCUCGUCGGUCAACACCAAUUGCCAUCAAGAGCCUCAGCUACUUCCCUCCUAGCCAGAGAGUUGCUUUGGACAAAGAUGACGAAAGCAGCUGCAAUGGUGAAACGGACCAGCCGCCAAGGAGAUCUGACAACAACAUAAGAAGGAUGAGCGUGCAAGAUGCAAUUAGUCUUUUUGAGAACAAGCAAAAGGGUCCGAAUCCGGAUUCUGAAAGUAAGAAAGCUGGCUUGGUUGCUACCAAAUCAGUACUACGAAGGUGGAGUUCAGGAAUGGGUGACUCUUUGAAUAGUAGUAUGUCAGAAGAAAAAACCUCAGAUUCUACAUCUCAAACUAAAUCCAACAGUAUGGCUCCUAACGAAGAGAAGAAUGAAGCAGAAUUACAGGUCGAGACAGAUGCAGCGCCAAGCAGUGUUGUCGCACCCGAGGUAGGAAGUUACCAUGGCGAUGGUCAUGGCAUUGCAGGGUCAGAAAUGGAAAAUGUGGUGUCACACCAUACAAAUAUUUCUUCUGAGCAAACACAUUCUGGGCAGGAGUCAAACAGUGACAGGGCAAUGGCCUCUGCUGAGUGGAACCGCCAGAAGGAAGCCGAACUUAACCAAAUGUUAAUGAAAAUGAUGGAGGUCAUGCCUGGAAAAUUUGCAGGAGCCAAUGUCACUGCUGCUGGGCUCAUUUCUGCAAAUGAGAAGAAAGGUGGACAGCAAAGAGAGAAGCGAGACACAAAAGUUCGCACCGAGAAAGGUGGAAAGCGACUAGCAAAGGAAGCGAACACCAAGCUCUUAAAGGAAUCAGUUGGCCAGAACACCAAGCCCCUCAAGGAACAGAACAAAGCAGCAGUUACCCCGAAAGUCAGCACCAUAACAGAGAAACGUAAUUCACCUGUUCCUCAAAGGCCCCGGAGAAAUUCGUCACCUCCAGUCUUGCCAAAGGAAGUGGCAUCAAAGACACCAGCCAAAAGGAGUUCCCCAAAACCAUCACCUGCACCAGCUACCCGUAGUUCAUGGUCUGGGUCUCUUACUAAAGCAACUACUAGUACUGCACAGAAAACUAAGAACUCUCCUGGAGUGGCUUCAACAUUGACACCAACUAGCCGGAGAAGGGCCGUGACAACACCACCAUCAUCUCAGCCGGUGUCAAAGGUGGAAAAAACCCUUCAUCCAGUGAAGAACAAGAAAGAACCCGUGACUGCUGCAAAGCCAGCCAUUAAGGUGCAAGAAGAGAAGAAGACAAGGACAUCAACAAAGCCGAGCAGAGUGCCUAAAAGUUCACCUGCUUCAGAAGAAAAAUCAAGUGCAACAACAAAGUCAAGCUUGUACAACAAGGUCCCCAAAAAAAGCAGUGUUGUACCACUAGAAUCCAAACCUGUGAAGAAAGCCACUGGGAUCAGUCAGGGUGUUGGUUCUGUUGCUGUUAAGACUAAGGUGCUGCAGCUAGGUGACUCUCCGAAGGACAUUGGAAGUGUUACCCAAGUAGAAGAUAAGGAGGAAUCUCCUGUGACAACCGAGCCAACUACCAAGGUACCCGAGGCUGUUCUUGCUCAACCAGCACAUGAUGUUGAUGAAAAUAUAGAAAUUUCCCUCGAUAAUGACUUGAAUAUUGAAAAAACAGAAAACACGGGCCCGAGUGUAACUGCGCCAGAAACGGGCUCCAGUGACAAGGUUGAGCCCUCUGUCAUUGAGGUCAAACCUCUUGACGAGGACAUGGACAUCUCAUCAGCUGCCUGGGUAGAAGUAGAACAUCAAGAAGUUACUGAUGUGGGUGAAAGUGUGACAGGCGAGGAUGUCACCUCACCAGCAAUCGAACCAUUGCCAUCAUCAAGCCCAAAAAUCCGACAUUCAUUGUCACAAAUGUUGCAAGCAGAUAGCAACGAACCAGAAAUUAUUGAGUGGGGAAAUGCUGAAAACCCACCUGCAAUAGUUUUUCAUAAAGAUUCUCCAAAGGGAUUCAAGAGACUUCUAAAAUUUGCUCGGAAAAACAAAGGAGACAACACUAAUGGCUGGGCAAGCUCAUCGGUAGUUUCUGAAGGAGAAGAUGAACAAGAAGAAUCUGGUGCUAGUGAUGGUGCGAAUUCGAGCAGGAGAACUUUUGAUGGUUCCAAGACUAAUAGCAUCUUGUCAGCUCAAUCAACCACCAGCAGCUUCAAUGCCACCAGCUCGGAUAGGCUACGAGACAGGCCUGGAGCCGCGCCAUCAACUAAAGCAUCAAGAUCAUUCUUCUCCCUCUCAAACUUCCGGAGCAGCAAGACCAAUGAGUCAAAGCUUCGAUAGCAUGCCUUGUUAUACAUUGAUAGUUGACCCCUCCCCAGUAGAUGUACAAAUGGUUUGAGGUGAUUGAUUGUUCGGACGGAGCCAGGUUGUUGUGUCUGGUUCUGUUUUCCUGCUGUUUGAUAUAGCCUCUUCCUAGUCAUCCCCAUAUCAUUACUUUCCUGAUUGUCUUUCUGUACAUCGUUCUUUUCCUGUUGUUUGAGAUGACGGGUAUGUUUCCUUGUUAUCAUGACUGAUAACUGCCUCAAGUGAAAGAUUUAACUGGAUUGAGUUUGAUGUAUGC